AUUAAAAAAUUUUCCUGAGUAAUUGCAAAUGUAGGAACUUUUUAACACUCCAGUGUGAAGACUCUGUACCAGCAUGUCUUCCUACUACAGGAACUAUGGGUAUGAAGAAGAUCCAGAUCCAGAUUACCCUGACUCUUCAACAUCUUGGAACCACACACAGGGGUUGAACACUCAGGAUUAUCCAGUUUCUUUGGGGAAUCCAGACUACCCUGGCUCCAGUGGCAAUCCAUACUCUUCAGGCUCAAGAAGACUUUCAGAGCACCCUAUUCCUCUAGCAGAACCAGAUUAUCCUGGAUCUAGGAGUAAUCCAUAUGAUCCCGGAUCACCCAGAAAGCCAGACUACUCUGAAUCCCAAUGGAAUUCUGAUUUUGCAGGUUCCAGGAGUAGAAACUAUGCAGGUUCCAGAACAAAUCAAGAUUAUGUUGACUCCUUAGGGGAACCAGACUACCCUGGAGCUCCUAACCCAAGAGCCAAUUCCAGCCAUCCCGGCUCCAGAAGGAAUCCAGACUAUGCUGGUCCUGGAAUCAAUCCCUACUUCGACUCUGUGGGAGAGCCUGAUUAUCCAGGUGCUAAGAAUCAACUCAACUCUACAAAUGUUUUUGGGGAACCAGACUACCCUGGUGCUCAGGACUAUAACAACUCUCCGAACAAAUGGGGGGAGCCUGAUUAUCCAGGUGCUGAGGAUAGUCCUGAUUAUGGCUCUUCUGAGAUGCAACAAAUGAGCAGGGGGAUGCUCACGAGAACAUCUUCAAUCCAGCCUUCGUUACAUCAUGGUGCCUACGGCCCUUUUGGGAGAGAGAGUGAAGAUUACCCUGACAGCAUUGAAAUGGCAUCAAUAGCAAACUCGUAUGACCGCUCUGUGCCAGGAGAUCCUGGAAGUGGCUACAUGAACCCCGCUUUUGUGGGUGAAGUUAACUUGGACCAAGCUUAUAGGAACCCACCGUCAUCUGGACAUGAUUGGCUUAAGUCACCCCAAGGACAAAAGUUAAUUGCAUCUCUGAUACCCAUGACCUCUAGAGACAGAAUUAAAACCAUCAGGAAUCAGCCAAGGACCAUGGAGGAGAAAAGAACGCUUAGGAAAAUGGUCGAGAACGAGAAGAAUAGGCAGUCCCUUGGCAUCCUUCAGCUCGGCUGCUGCGCGCAGUGUCUGAGGUCCAUUUCACUGGGGUACCGGAGAUCCAAGAACACCCUGUCAGAAGUGCUCAGUUCCUUCACCCUGUGGCAGAAGACGCUCAAAGUCAUCGGUGGCAAGUUUGGAACCAGCGUCCUCUCCUAUUUCAACUUUCUGAGGUGGCUUUUGAAGUUUAACAUCUUCUCGUUCAUUGUGACCUUCAGCUUCCUCAUAAUCCCUCAGUUUACCCAGGCUGAGACUAACACCCUCCAGUUCACUGGUUUGGAAUUUUUCACAGGGGCGGGCUAUUUUCAGGACACAGUGAUGUACUACGGCUAUUACACCAAUUCCACCAUCCAGCACAGAAGCGGGGGCGCCUCCUACAACAUGCAGCUGGCCUACAUCUUCACCAUGGGCAUGUGCUUGGUCAUCUGCUUUUUCAGUUUACUUUUCAGCAUGGCUAGGUAUUUCCGGAACAACUUCAUUAACCCCCACAUUUACUCCAGAGGAAUCACUAAGCUUAUUUUUUGCUGGGACUUCACUGUCACUCAUGAAAAUGCUGUAAAGCUGAAACAGAAGAAUCUUAGCACUGAGAUAAGGGAGAACCUGUCAGAAAUCCGUCAAGAGAAUGUCAAGUUAACACUCAACCAGCAGCUGAUUCGCUUGUCUGCCCACCUGGCGGCCUGGGUCAUCUCUACCGGAAUGGCUGUCGCCUGCUGUGCAGCUGUUUAUUUCCUGGCUCAGAACAACUUGGAGUUCCUGAAGAACCACAAUAACCCCGGGGCUGUGCUGUUACUGCCUUUCGUGGUGUCCUGCAUCAACCUGGUUGUGCCCCGCUUUUACUCCAUGUUCAGGCUGGUGGAGCGCUAUGAGAUGCCGAGGCACGAAGUCUACACCCUCCUGAUCCGAAACAUCUUCCUGAAAAUAUCAAUCAUCGGAAUUCUUUGUUACUAUUGGCUCAAUGUUGUGGCUCCGGCUGGAGAAGAGUGUUGGGAGACACUCAUUGGCCAGGAAAUCUACCGGCUCCUUCUGAUGGAUUUCAUGUUCUCUUUGGCCGAUUCCUUACUAGGGGAGUUCCUGAGGAGAAUCAUUGGAAUGCGAUUUAUCACAAGUCUUGGCUCCCAGGAGUUUGACAUUGCCGGGAAUGUUCUAGAACUGAUCUAUGUACAAACUCUGGUGUGGAUUGGAACCUUCUUCUGCCCUCUGCUGCCUUUUAUCCAAAUGAUUACUCUCUUCAUCAUGUUUUACGUCAAAAACGUCAGCCUGAUGAUGAAUUUCCAGCCUCCCAGCAAAGCCUGGCGAGCCUCACAGAUGAUGACGCUCUUCAUCUUCUUGCUGUUUUUCCCAUCCUUCACCGGGGUCUUGUGCUCUCUGGCCUUCACCAUCUGGAGAUUGCACCCUUCAGCCCAGUGUGGCCCGUUUCGAGGUCUGCCCUUCAUCAUUCACUCCAUCUACGGCUGGAUUGAGACCCUAAGUAAGAUGCCCAGCUACCUGUGGGUUGUUUGGAUCUACCGAAAUCUCAUCGGAAGUGUGCACUUCUUUUUCAUCCUCACCCUCAUUGUGCUAAUCAUCACCUAUCUCUACUGGCAGAUCACGGAGGGCAGGAAGAUUAUGAUCAGGCUGCUCCACGAACAGAUUAUCAAUGAGGGCAAAGACAAAAUGUUCCUGAUAGAAAAGUUGACCAAGCUGCAGGAGGCUGAGAAGAGAGCAGACCCCCCCAGCUCAUUCAUGCCAGAAAGGAGAUACGUGAAGCAAGAGGACCCAAUAAUUCAUAUGGAGGAACAUGACGCUGCUCAUGAACUACGAUUCCGGCGAUCAGUUCAAGAAGAUAAUCCAAUGAUCUGAUGAUUGCCAUGAAGGCCAGACACUAAUCAAAGGACAGAAGCCAAGAUGGAACCACUUUCAGAACACCUUGGCCUUUAGGAACUUCCCAGAAGGGAAAUUCAAGCCAUUUGCCAGUAGUGGAAACCAUCCAUAAUGUAAAUACUGAAGUAUAUCAGGCAUUCCCUGUUGGCUUUUUCACCCAAAUUGCUGAUUUCUCAAAACAAAAUAUUUGGGCUUUUCCAAUAAAGACUGUUGUAAUAUUUAAACUAGUUCACAGAAACCUUGAGAGAGAUAACCCAGAAUGAUGUAUUUUAUCUUCAAGAGGUGUGCAUGAGUUACUGGUCUUUAGCAAUCUAUCCUCUUAAUCCUCCCAGACUUGGCAAAGGUUUAAAGAACCUGGUGCUAAGAAAAACGGUCCAGCAUGAAUAAAAAUGUGAUUCUCAGCCAGGGAUGUGAUGCCUCUGAAUUGUGAAACCUGCUUGUGUUCAUGACUUCAAACUAAAAACAUCACGUUACCCAUGGGUGAAAUCCAGCC